UACACGCUUACUUGAAGGAAUUGAAUUCCGAUUCGAAGAAGGCAGAAACGUAUCCGAGAAGGCGGCGACGGCAAUGGAAGGCGGCGGCGGAAAUCUAUCGGAGCUCUACUCUAGCUCCAAGCGGCUCUCAUUGACGAUCAGAGAUGCUUUGGAGAGGCUCGAGCGUCUCGAGUUUACCUCAACAUCCUCCUCUUCGCUUUCAUCGUCGAGCGCCGUCGUCGCGGGGUCUUCCGAUGAUCAAUCUACUUUGAUUCGAAGAGAUAUUCACCAGAUCCAGUCGCUCUGCGCUGAAAUGGAUCGCCUCUGGCGCUCCAUACCCUCCAAGCCUCAGCGAGAUCUCUGGAAAAGAAAGGUAGAACAAGUCAACGAGGAGGCUGAGUCAUUCAGAGCUAGUCUGGAUAAGUACACAUCGAGGCAUCAGAAACGAGUACAAGAAGCCCAAGAGAGAGCUGAAUUAUUUAGAAGACCUAGUGGAGAUGCACAUGUUCUCAGAAUCUUUGAUGAGGAGUCGCAAGCAGCGGAGUCAGUCCGUAGAUCUUCUAGAUUACUAGAGGACAGCUUUGCAACAGGUGUUGCUAUACUUUCCAAGUAUAGCGAACAAAGGGACCACUUAAAGAGAGCUCAAAGGAAAGCACUGGAUGUUCUCAACACUUUGGGGCUAUCAAACUCCCUUCUGAGGCUCAUUGAGAGGCGGAGCCGAUUUGACAAAUGGAUUAAGUAUGCUGGCAUGACUGUAACUAUCAUCAUCGUUGUCAUGUUCUGGAGGUGGACGAGAUGACUGAAAUACUCUCAUUCUGGCUCAACAAGUUAGUACCGGCAUGUAUACAGCCUUCUCGUACAUAUUUUUUGAAUGCUCUUCUUACUAUGAAUUGAAAAAUAUAACUGAAAGCAUUAUUAGGCACAACGGUUUAAUACAGAUGAGGAUUAAGAUUUGUAAUUAGUGUAAGAAUUCUAUCACCUCCUACUGUUAAGUCUUUUUAACUCUCUCAUUCGCAUGUAAAAGAAGAUAGUUUGACAUUAAAUCUCAUGAAAUUUGUUCUGUUUUC